AUGACUACCUCAGAAGUGGCCCUAGUCUUCUGGUUUGAGUCCUUUCUAGCUACGAUCAAAGUGAUAGUAACCAUUUCCAUACACAAGGCUGAGGAUCUAAGGACAGACGUCUGUUGGGGUGCCCCAAGAAAGCCGCAGUUGAGCGACCUUAGACGUGAUGCCAAGGGAACAGAGCAAGAGGAUAACUUCGUCAUUGAGAUGGCCAAACCCAUCUAUAUUUACAACCCCUUUGUAUCCUUGGUAUUAGAUCUAGAAGACAGAGGGUGUGUUCCAAAUGGUCCUGAAGACGAUGCCUAUCCUCCUGGCCAGCUCUUGCGCAAGAUGUGGCGCUACUAA